AUGGUGGAAUGCAAAGCAUUUGCAACCCCUGUAGCCCUUGGUGAAAAACUAACCAAGGAAGAUGCUAGUCCCAAGGUUGAUGCAACUCGGUAUAGGAGUUUGGUUGGUAGCCUCAUGUACCUCACAACCACGGGACCUGAUAUUAUGUAUGUUGUGAUCCUCAUCUCUCAGUUCAUGCGGGAUCCACAUUCAGAUUGGGCCGGUUCAGUGGAUGAUAGGAAAUCAACAUCUGGUUAUAUGUUUUCAUUUAUCUCUGGAGUUGUAUCUUGGAGUAGUGAGAAACAGGCAACAGUGGCUUUUUCUUAG